GGCGGCCGCCGCGCGCGGCUCCGCCCUCCGCCUUCCCGGCCGGGCUCCGCAGCUGAGGGGCGAUGGGGCAAACUGCGCGCGGCUGGCAGCAUGUCUUUCCCCCGUCUCUUUCUGGGCGCGGCGCUUCUGUUUCUCGGGCCACUUCCUGAAGCCGGCAGCUCCGCGGCCAGCCGCUCCGCUUCUCCGCCUUAUUUGUCGGCUGCCUCUCGGGGUCCGAGACCAGCGCCGCCGCCGCGCUCCCCGCCUUUCCACCCUCACCAACCCGCCGGCGGGGGCGGCUGCCCUAGAAACGGCGGCCGCUUCGUCAACGUGACGGAGUUCGGCGCGGGGUGUUUGCCCUGGGUGGAGGUGCCCACUUUCCUGGACCGGAUGCCGCAGGGCAAAGAGCUGCGCGGGCAGCACAACUUUUGCAGAAAUCCGGACAGCAGGAGCAGGCCCUGGUGCUUCUACCGAAACAACCGCGGCAGGGUUGACUGGGGCUACUGUGACUGCAGACAAGGAUCAGUAAGACUUAAAGGUGGCAGAAAUGAGUUUGAAGGCACAGUUGAAAUAUAUCUAAAUGGAAUAUGGGGAGCAAUCUGCAGUGACCACUGGGAUAAUGCUGAUGCUUCAGUGAUAUGUCAACAACUUGAACUUGGGCAGAGAGGUACAGCAAGACACAUCCUAUUUUCUGGACCAGGCCUUGUUCCUGUACACUGGAGCAAUGUGUAUUGCCAUGGCAAUGAAGAAAACAUCAUGCUGUGUGAAAAAACUAUUUGGCAAGGUCGAAUGUGUCCCCAGAAUAUGGCAGCUGCUGUCACAUGCAGCUUUUCCCAUGCCUCUGAUUUUAUUCCAAUCCGGCUGGUGGAUGGGAGGAGCGCUUAUGAAGGAAGAGUUGAAGUCUACCAUGCUGGCCAAUGGGGAACCAUCUGUGAUGACCAGUGGGAUGAUGCUGAUGCUGAGGUAGUCUGCAGGCAGCUUGGCUUUGGUGGAGUUGCCAAGUCAUGGAGCGAGGCUUAUUUUGGAGAGGGCUUGGGUCCUGUGCUACUGGAUGAAGUACGUUGUACAGGAAAUGAGUUGUCUAUUGAACAGUGCCUAAAGAGUUCCUGGCAAGAACACAACUGUGGCCAUAAAGAAGAUGCAGGGGUUUCAUGCACACCUCUGGCAGAUGGUGCAGUUCGACUAGUUGCUGGAAAAAGCAAUCAUGAGGGACGGCUCGAGGUGCUUUAUAAUGGACAAUGGGGCACAGUCUGUGAUGAUGGAUGGACUGAAUGGAAUACGCAGGUGGUUUGUCGACAACUGGGCUUUAAGAAUGGGAAACUUGUUUCAGAACGCUUCUUAGAAGAAAAUACAAGACCCAUCUGGCUGGAUGACAUUACCUGCUCUGGAAAAGAGCUUAACAUUCUACAAUGUUCUAAGCGGGACUGGGGACAGCAUGAUUGCAGCCACCAGGAAGAUAUUAGUAUAAAUUGCUAUCGAGACAAUGACAGCCACAAAGCCUUGUUAGGGCCUCCUAUCAGAUUGAUGGAUGGUGAGAAUAAGAAAGAGGGCCGAGUGGAGAUCUAUAUUAAUGGCCAAUGGGGCACAAUUUGUGAUGAUGGAUGGUCUGAUAAGGAUGCAGCUGUGGUAUGUCGACAAUUAGGCUACAAAGGUUUAUCACGAGCAAGGACUAUGGCAUACUUUGGGGAAGGAAAAGGUCCCAUUCAUGUGGAUAAUUUGAAAUGCACAGGAAAUGAAAGAUCCCUUGCUGAUUGUAUUAAACAGGAUAUUGGCAAACAUAAUUGUCGUCACAGUGAAGAUGCUGGUGUCAUCUGUGACUAUCUUAUCAAGAAAGCAUCCAAUAGUAAAGAUUCUCUUACUUCUGUAUGUGGUUUAAGAAUAUUGCACCGUCGCCAAAAAAGGAUUAUUGGUGGAAAAAACUCCUUAAGGGGUGGUUGGCCCUGGCAAGUAGCAUUGCGCAUUAAAUCAUCCCAUGGAGAUGGAAGACUUCUAUGUGGUGCCACUCUUAUCAGCAGUUGCUGGGUGCUUACUGCAGCACAUUGUUUUAAGAGGUAUGGCAACAAUACUCGAAACUAUGUGGUACGUGUUGGAGACUACCACGUAUUGGUACCUGAAGAGUAUGAAGAAGAAAUUGGAGUAGAAGAAAUUGUGCAACACCCAGAAUAUAGGCCUGAUAACAGUGACUAUGAUAUUGCACUAGUGAGAUUGCAAGGGCCUCACAAACAGUGUACUCACUUUAGUGCUCAUGUUUUACCUGCCUGUUUGCCAUUCAGGCGGGAGAGGCCACAGAAAGCUUCUAAUUGUUACAUCACUGGUUGGGGUGAUACAGGUAGAGCCUACUCAAGAACAUUACAACAAGCUGCUAUUCCCCUUAUUCCUAAAAGAAUUUGUGAAGAACGGUAUCACACAAAAUUCACAGGUAGAAUGCUUUGUGCUGGUAGCCUCCAUGGACAAAAACAGGUAGACAGCUGUCAGGGAGACAGUGGUGGACCGUUAAUGUGUGAACGGCCAGGAAAUAUCUGGGUUUUGCAUGGUGUGACUUCCUGGGGGUAUGGGUGUGGAGUCAAAGAUUCUCCAGGUGUCUAUACCAAAGUUUCCUUUUUUAUACCUUGGAUAAGAAACAUAACCAAACUAUGAAUGUCCCUUGUUGCACUAGGGAAAUAAUUUUUUUUCAUGGAUAUAAAACUUUUUGGACGUUAAAAUAAUUCAUCUUAGAAGCAAUUUUGAUUGAACAUGUAAUUCUACCAAGACAAAACAGUACUCAUUACAGCUGCACAAAUCAGAUCAUUCUAUAUAUAAGAUCCUCACAUAUAGUAUUUUUAUCUUUUUGUAUUGUGACAAAUUUUCUACAAUGAACUGUAUUUCCUACUAGUUUCAAAUAAUGAUUUUUUAACUGACUUUUUACUGUGUUUUAUCUUUAUGGUGAAAUUAUCCUGCCCUCAUUUCAUUGUACAUGAAACAGUUGAAUAAAAUAUCUUGUAAAAUGUCAAGAUUGUGUAAUAUUUAUGUAUUAAAUUAUGGUUUUUAAUGCGGUGGGUAAUGGUAGGGUAUAAAGUCUUAAAUAUGUCCUUUAUGAUAAUUCAUUUUAAAGUAUCUACUAAAAUUUUAUUAUCAUUACUUUUAUGCUAUCAUCCUAUAGCUUUCCAUAACUUGUUCUCUGCUAUUGGAAUAAAAAUCCUCUGCUAUUGGAAUAAAAAUUUCAGCCACUCUUUCUAGUUAUUUCUCAAUAUGCUAACAAAUACAUGGUUAAGUUUUAUUAAUAGUGGCAUUCAGCUUUUUACAAUGCCUAAACUUUUUACAAUUGUUGUAAAUUACUUGGCCAAUUUUUAAUGACUAGAACUAUGCCCAAAUUAAAUGUAUCAAAUAUAACAUAUCUACAAAUUUUAGAAAGUGCAUUUAACUUUGCAGUUUAUGGAUUCUUUUCAUUAUUUUGUGAAAGUAUGUUUAAUUUGUCAAAUAUUGUCUAAACUACAGUAAUGGCCGAAAUUGUUGGCACCCCAGAAAUUUUUCCAGAAAAAUCAAGUAUUUCUCACAGAAAAGCAUUGCAUUAAUACAUGUUUUGCUAUACACGUUUAUUCCCUUUGUGUGUAUUAAAACAAAACAAAAAAAGGCAGGAAAAAAAGCAAAUUGGACAUAAUGUCAUACAAAACUCCAAAAAUGGGCUGGACAAAAUUAUUGGCACCCUUUCAAAAUUGUGGAUAAAUAAGAUUGUUUCAAGCUCUUUUAAACUCACCUGGGGCAAGUAACAGGUAAUAUAAAAAUCACACCUGAAAGCAGAUAAAAAGGAGAGAAUUUCACUUAGUCUUUGCAUUGUGUGUCUGUGUGUGACAUACUAAGCAUGAACAACAGAAAGGAGAAGAGAACUGUCUGAGGACAGUUGAGAACCAAAAUUGUGGAAAAAUAUCAACAAUCUCAAGGUUACAAGUCCAUCUCCAGAGAUCUAGAUUUGCCUUUGUCCACAGUGCACAACAUUAUCAAGAAGUUUGCAACCCAUGGCACUGUAGCUAAUCUCCCUGGGCAUGGACGGAAGAGAAAAAUUGAUGAAAGGUUGCAACGCAGGAUAGUCCGGAUGGUGGAUAACCAGCCCCAAACAAGUUCCAAAGAAAUUCAAGCUGUCCUGCAGGCUCAGGGAACAUUAGUGUCAGCGCGCGUCACAUUCAAAUGAAAUGAAACGCUAUGGCAGGAGACCCAGGAGGACCCCACUGCUGACACAGACAUAAAAAAGCAAGACUAGUUUGCCAAAAUGUACUUGAAUAAGCCAAAAUCCUUCUGGGAAAACAUCUUGUGGACAGAUGAGACCAAAAUAGAGCUUUUUGGUAAAGCACAUCAUUCUGUUUACCAAAAACGGAAUGAGGCCUACAAAGAAAAGAACACAGUACCUACAGUGAAAUAUGGUGGAGGUUCAAUGUUUUGGGGUUGUUUUGCUGCCUCUGGCACUGGGUGCCUUGACUGUGUGCAAGGCAUCAUGAAAUCUGAGAAUUACCAAAGGAUUUUGGGUCGCACUGUAGCCCAGUGUCAGAAAGCUGGGUUUGCGUCAGAGAUCUUGGGUCUUCCAGCAGGACGACCCCAAACAUACGUCAAAAAGCACCCAGAAAUGGAUGGCAACAGUGCUGGAGAGUUCUGAAGUGGCCAGCAAUGAGUCCAGAUCUAAAUCCCAUUGAACACCUGUGGAGAGAUCUUAAAAUUGCUGUUGGGAAAAGGUGCCCUUCCAAUAAGUGAGAUCUGGAGCAGUUUGCAAAGGAAGAGUGGUCCAAAAUUCCAGAUGAGAGGUGUAAGCUUAUUGAUGGUUAUAGGAAGCGACUGAUUUCAGUAGUUUUUUCCAAAGGGUGUGUAACCAAAUAUUAAGUUAAAUUAUGUCCAAUUUGCUUUUUUUCCUGCCUUUUUUGUUUUGUUCCAAUACACACAAAGGAAAUAAACGUGUAUAAACAUGUGUUACUACAAUACUUUUCUGGGAAAUACUUGAUUUUCUGGAAAAAUUUCUGGGAUGCCAACUAUUUCGGCCAUGACUGUAAAUAAGGCCUUAAAAAAACUAGACAGCAAACAAUUAUUUCUGCUCCUAAGGUAGGAAGAAGUACUUCAGUAAGUACAUGAUAAUAUUAUGGAAGUUUGCCAUCCAUAUGCUGCCUUGUUAGGAAAAAGCUGUUUUGACUUACGGUAAAUACCCCAAAUGAUAUUUAGUUUAUACUACUACUGAAUGUAAUAUAUCAUAGUGAGAUUUAGAAACCAUAUUUCAAACUUUUUCUAUUUGCUGACAGAAUUGUUUUAGUUUAUAUUAUUUGCUUAAGAUAUAAAAUAUUCAAUGUAAUGAAA